GUCGCGUCACUCGCUAUAAAUGAAGAAGAGCUGACUAUAGAGUACCUGCAAUCCCACGUAGAAAGCGAAUUUCCAGGACUCGUGUCCGAGAGAGGAAAACAGGUGAUCUCUGCUUCGGAUAUUUCUGUAAAAAAGGGAAAGAGAAAUGGGCAGAAUUGAGAAAGAGGCUUUUCUGUUUCUGUUGUUGAUGCUGCUGCGGACAUUCCAAACCUGCUUGGCUGCAUCAAACACGCAGCAACCCAAGAGAAGGGAGUCUCUAUCAGUAUCAUCAUCUUCAUCAUCCAACGGUCCAGGUUCCUCCGUCUUCCCCAUCUUCGGGAAUGUAUACCCCGACGGGUUAUACUACGUUAGUGUCAGCAUUGGAAAUCCGCCCAAGAAGUACUUCCUCGACAUCGACACAGGCAGCGACCUUACAUGGGUGCAAUGCGAUGCCCCUUGUGUCAGCUGCUACAAUGGUCCCCACCCACCUUACAAACCUGCGAGGAACAAGCUUGUCUUCUGUAAGGACCCCCUCUGUGCGGCCAGCCCCUCCCUCAUCCCUUACACAUGUGAGGAGCCUCAUGAUCAAUGUGACUACCAGAUCACGUAUGCUGACGGUAGCUUCUCUGAUGGUGUCCUUGUGCGGGACACUUUCUCACUCCGCAUGUCCUCUGGCUCUCUUGCUCAACCCAGUCUAACUUUUGGAUGUGGAUACAACCAAGGAGGCUCCAGUUCAACCUCCACUCUUAUGACUGAUGGAGUUCUUGGCCUUGGAAAUGGCAAAUCUAGUAUUUUAUCUCAGCUGCGAGGACUCAAUCUUGUAAGAAAUGUGACUGGCCACUGUAUCAGCGGACAAGGUGGAGGAUAUUUAUUCUUCGGAGACAGCAUCAUACCUUCUUCAGGGGUGACUUGGACACCAAUGUCUCGCAACCGAUUUCAUAAAUACUCUCCUGGUCCGAUGAAUAUCAUCUUUGGAAAGCAGCCUAUUGGUGUGAAAGAUCUUCUGGUUGUUUUUGACAGUGGAAGCACUUACACUUACUUUGCUUCGCAGCCUUACCAAGCGUUCGUUUCCACGGGGCGUGGCAAUGUUUGCUUGGGGAUUCUGAAUGGCAGUGAAGGCGGACUGCAAGAUCUCAACAUCAUUGGAGACAUCUCGCUCCAAGAUCUCAUGGUAAUCUACGACAACGAGAAGCAGAAGAUUGGAUGGGUUCGUGAAAAUUGCAAUAGGCUCCCCACGUCUGGAACCGCUCUCUUCUGAUUUCCUUCCUCUUAAGUUGACAUGCCUAGAGGAGAUUCUUAGCCUCUCUCUUAUGUUUAUCCGACACCACUGACGAUCGCGGCGAUGAUGGCUUCAACGAUGGUUUUUCUCUGCCUUAUGUUGCAGGCAUGGGAAUCUUGACAGUUGAGCAUCCUGCAAGUUACCCUCCCGAACAAACCGAUACGGAUGUAGCAGAACAAUAAAGAUAGGAGAUCCAUUCCUCUUACGUAUUUUUGCAAAUUCAUAUGUAUACAUUCAUAAGUGCAUUAGGCAAUGUAUAUUUAAGAUGUUGUUAUGAAAUGUAAUAAAUGUUGGGUC